GCUCAUGGGAAGGGCAGAUUACCUCUCUCCCAUGGUCCCUGUUUACUGUUCAAUCCAGAAUUCUACACAGUCGCUCGGGACACAGUGGCCAUUACAAAUAUUCACUUCAACUGCAUGUCAGGGACAUAGAAGCCAGGGCUCAGAGAGAGGCUGGUCAGCCCAGCUCCGCUAUGUCCCCACUCGGCUUCCCACAGUGGUUAGUGCUGGUCCUGCCUCUCCAGACCUGGGCGACGGAUGGAAGCCUGUCGACACACUGCCAGCAGUGGAUAUACUCCGACAGCCUGGAAGACCCCAGCCUCUCUCAGGAUGGAGAUGUCAUUUUGGGAGGACUCUUUCCUCUUUACAUCCAGCCUGUUUCCCCAGAAACAACGCUCACCAAACCCCCGAAGCUACCGCAGUGCCAGAGUUUUCAUCUUUUCAGACUCCAGGCACAGCCAAUGCGCUGGGCACAUGCCAUGGUGUUUGCGGUGAAGGAGAUCAACCAGAACCCCUUCCUGCUCCCAGGGGUCAAACUGGGAUACAGGAUCCUAGACAGCUGUGCGGAGUACCCCUGGUCCCUCCAGGGGGCUCUGGCACUGGUCAGUGGGCGGAACCACACCUGCAGCAAAGUCCCAGUCAUCAUUGGGGAUGCUACUUCGAGCCAGUGUAUCAUCCUAUCCAGAACUCUGGGACCACUGGGCAUUCCUCUGGUCAGUUAUAGAGCCAGCUGUGCUUGUCUCAGUAACAGGCGUGAGUUUCCUAACUUCUUCCGGACGAUCCCCAGUGAUUUUUACCAGGCCCGGACCAUGGCACAGUUAGCCAAGCGCUUUGGCUGGACCUGGGUGGGAGCCAUCGUUGAAGACAAUGACUAUGGGCUGUCCUUGGUCCAAACUUUCUCUGAGGAGGUGAAGGGAGCCGGGGUGUGCCUGGCCUUCAUCGCAACGCUGUCACGGAAGCGCUUGGAGCACGAUGUGGCUCGGGCGGCAUCAGUGGUGGAGCGCUCCUCUGCCCGAGUGAUCCUGGUGUUUGCCUGGUACACAGAUGUGGAGACGCUGUUCCUGGAGCUGGUCAGGCGUAACGUAACAGGCAGGCAGUUCCUGGCCAGUGAGGCAUGGAGCACCAGUGACAGGCUCCUGCAGAACACUGCCCUUUCCAGCAUUGCCUGGGGAGUUCUGGGCGUGGCCAUCCGCAGCGCUCCCAUCCCAGGGCUGGAGGAACACCUGCGCAGCCUCCAUCCUUCCCAGGAGCCUGGGAGCACUCUGAUGUUGGAGCUGUGGGGGCUCUUGUUUGGCUGCAAGCCAGUUUGGCAGAAUUCUUUUUCCUCACAGCUGCUGCCCCCUUGUGUAGGUACAGAGACACUACAGUCAGUGCAGAGUACCUUCACGGACACCUCCCAGCUGAGAACAAGCUAUAGCAUCUACCUGGCUGUAUAUGCUGUGGCCCAUGCACUCCACAACCAGCUGUCAUGCACUGGAAAGAACACCACCUACGGGAGCCCACACUGUGCCACCACCGAGGAUCUCCAAACGAGACAGCUGUUACAUCACCUUGGCCAGGUGCAUUUCACCACUCAGCUUGGAGAGGAGAUGCAAUUUGAGGGUGGGGACAUUAGAGCGGUGUACGACAUUGUGAGCUGGCAGGACAGCCCUGAUGGCUCACUGAAGUAUGUCACCAUUGGGAAAAUGGAAGGGUCUGAGCUCCACUUGAAUGACUCAGCCAUUGUGUGGGUCGGUGGUGCCAAGACGGUCCCACUCUCUGUGUGUUCUAAAGAAUGCCCCCCAGGAACACGCAAGGCAGUGAGGAAGGGUGAGCCCAUCUGCUGCUUCGACUGCCUGGCCUGUGCAGACGGGACCAUCAGCAACCAGACAGGAUCAGUGGAAUGCAAGCAGUGUCCUCCAGAGUUCUGGUCUAACAGUCACAGGAUUGAAUGUAUUUCUCGUGAGGUGGAGUUUCUGUCAUUUGAGGACACAAUGGGCAUCACUCUGACAACCAUAGCCUUGUCAGGUAGUGGCAUAACAGUGGCAGUGGGUGUGGUCUUUCUGUACCACAGACACACCCCUCUUGUAAAGGCCAAUAACUCAGAGCUGAGCUUCCUGUUGCUGCUGUCCCUCACACUCUGCUUCCUGUGUGCGCUGGUGUUCGUGGGCCGGCCCUCAGAGUGGUCCUGCCUGGCCCAGCACCUGGUCUUUGGGAUCAGCUUCGUGCUCUGCCUCUCCUGCAUCCUGGUCAAAACCAUUGUGGUUCUGGUUGCAUUUCGGUCUGCCAGACCUGGUGCCAACAUGAUUAAGUGGUUUGGACUGGUUCAGCAGCGGGGCAGUGUGGUCCUCUUCACUGGCAUCCAAGUGUUCAUCUGUAUCUUAUGGCUCUCCCUCAGUCCCCCUUACCCACAUCGCAAUACAGGAUUCCAGGGGUCAAAGCUCAUUCUGGAGUGUGCGGUUGGGUCAGCACUGGGGUUUGGCUGCGUCCUGGGCUAUAUUGGCCUGCUGGCAGCCAUCUGCUUCCUGCUGGCCUUUUUAGCCAGGAAGCUCCCAGACAACUUCAAUGAGACCAAGUUCAUCACCUUCAGCAUGCUCAUCUUCUGCGCUGUCUGGAUCGCCUUCGUCCCCGCCUAUGUCAGCUCCCCGGGGAAAUAUACAGUUGCCGUGGAGAUAUUCGCCAUCCUGACCUCCAGCUUUGGGCUCCUGCUCUGCAUUUUUGCCCCAAAGUGUUACAUCAUUCUACUGAGGCCAGAGAACAACACCAAGAAGUUCCUAAUGGGGAAAACAUAAGCACUAAAAUAGGAACAAUAAGACCUACAUUUGUUAUAUAUUAAAUAGACCACAUCUCCAUCUGUGUGACUUAUUGGCAAAUGACUUAUUAUAAAAUUAUCUUCAUUUUAACAUUUUAACAUUUAUUCCUUCCAUAAUUGUUUUAUUCUUUGCAUGUUUUAAGAAGUGUGUGACAUCAUUUACAAAUAGUUCCCCAUUUUUAAUUAAUCAUCCUGCUAAUGGGAAGUUAAAUAAAACAAGGGAAGAAAACAGAAUCUUUAAAGAAUUGAAUUAUAAAAAAUAUUAUUUGUUUUCCAUUAGAUUAUUUUCUUGAGCCUUAAUAAAAAUCUUACUGAAAAUAAAAAUUAUGCAGCAGUAUUGUUUCUUUUCUCUCACAUGAAAAAGAGACCCUACAUGUGAGUAUGUCUGUGUUUGUGCAUGUACAUACGUGUAUAUGUGUACAUAUGUGUGGAUGUGUUUGUUCCUGUAUGCACAUGCUUAAGUCAGUCAUAUGAAUCGACUGAAGAGUGUGUGUGUGUGUGUGUGUGUGUGUGUGUGCGUAUAUUAACAAAGGGAUAUUGAUGUUUCUAUUCCUGGCCCUUAUGGGGCCAAAUUUAGAAUUAAUCCUAAAUUUGAGCAUACAACCAUUUCCAUCAAUGUUCCAACUACCAAUUUAUAAAAUGUCCACACACAUGCAUAAAUGUGGUUAAAUCCUUGCUAUGCAUGACCCACUUAUAAAUCACAAAUAUUCUGAAAUCGUAAGAAGUGCUUAUUUUAGCUUGGUGAGCAAAAUGAAAAGAUUUCAGCUCUUUUAUAUCCUUCUAUAUGCUCAUUUAUCACGAUCAGCCAAAUGAAGCCUCAUUUAUGAAAUGUUCAUAUGCAUGGAUUUAAUUUUUUUAUUGUUAUUAUUAGGUUGUUCUGUGUUUCAAAAAGUUUACGCUCUUGAUAAUGUUAAAAGCCAACGCUGCAAUAGUCUAGUUAAUGAAAGACAAUCUGACGCGUGCACAGCCUAAGAGCCUACACAUCUCCAUAUGUGAGGGAGUAGGCAAUCUAUUCUCAUGUGUGAAAAAAAUGAUGAACCUGAAGUAUAGCCACAUAACCAUAAGGAAAAGUGUGUAAGUGUACUCUGUGGAGUAUACUCUUAUGCAUAUCAUGAAUGUGUGUGUGUAUUAUAUGUGUUUUAUAAACGAGGCCCCUUGUUUGUCAGGACAAAACCCAUUUAGUCACACACUGCACACGCAUACAAGCAAUUCAUACACACUGUCCAGGACCCUGCACUAGUACCACACCCAAAAAGACACAAUGGAAAGAAAAUACAUUUCAGUCACCGAAAUUAUAAACCUUAAAAAAAAAUUCUCGCCAGUCACGCUGAAUACAUUUCAAUAAAACUAAUAAAAAACACGCUAUUAAAAUCCAUGAUGAAUCUUUAUU